AUGAUAUUCUCGCGGUCACCGUUCCCUUUGGAGGACGUUUCAGAUCAACACCUCCAGCAGCUGUGCGAGGUGCUCUGGAGCUGGAAAAUCUGUCUGCGCUGCAGAGCUGGCCAAGGCUGCACAGUGCCAGAGUGCCCAUGGCCACGAUCCCUCCGCCUGGCCCGAUAUUUCGCAUUCUACAAGGACAUUACGGCCAGCUACGUCCCUGAGUUUCUCCCCGGUUGUCAUCCUGCCUUGAGAAGUCAUGAGGAUCUGUUCGAGAUCAUCCGAGCGCUGAAGACCCAGCCUGAUGUGCCCCGUUCACAGCUGACACAGCACUACUUCUCAAAUAGAGACGGUGGCAAUGCUCCUCUGCCACCCGUUGCCGACCAGGACAGAGCUGUCAAUCUCGCGGUCAGAGCUAUGACCAUGAUUAAAUGCUCUGCAGACAGGCAAUCUUCGGAUUCCCUCGAAUUAGGAAUCAGACCUCUACAAUGGCGGCAGGAAAUCUCGCUCUCUCAGUUUCUCAGGGAAGCAUUCCCGAAGACGAACCACCCUGCGCUCGGCGAGAAGGACAACACAGGCAGCUCAGUAGAGAUCAAGGCCAACCUGACGGCACAGAGACUCAAGAAGGUCGCCGGCCUGAAGUUCCAGCCGACGAACGAUCUUAGAGAACAUCUGAAGCUCGACCAAAAGCUUGGAGUUGUGCUGAUCUUCGACCACACAGCUUUCCUGACCGAACACCUGAUUGCGAGCCGGUCUAUCUCCACGAAUGCCUCUGCCGGCCAAGCCAUCGAGUUAGGAAACCUUCCACGCCAACUGACGCUCGAAUCCCUCGACUCUGUACAACGAAUCCUCUUUCCGCCGGACCUACAGUCACAGUCCCUCCUGCGGUCGCUCGUCUCCAAAGCCGGUUUUGACCCUGACUGCAUGCGCUUUGAGUCCGCUCCUCACCGCUCCGACAGCGAGAACGACAUCGUGUACCAGCAUUUCUGUGCUAAGCUCAUGGACCUCUACGACGAGCUCCUCAAUCCGACUCCACGCAGCGUGGUUGACAAAUGGGUCGAGAAAAGAAGCGGCGCCAGGCACGUCAUGAUGGCGACGCUCGUCGGCGUUAUCAUCGCCAUCUUUCUCGGAAUACUCGGCCUUGCUGUUUCCAUCUUCCAGGCAUGGGUCGGCUAUCAGGCCUGGAAACAUCCCCUACCCAACGUCUGA